AUGGCGACGCCGCGACUCACGGCGAGGCCGCCGUCUCCGUUCGUCCCGGCGGGCAAGAGUGGAUUGUGCUGCAAGUGCCACGUGGCGCGCGUGUACGCGCUGAUGGUCUUCGUCAGCCUCCUCGCGCUGCUCCUCUUCCUCUUCGUGCCCUGGGCCGCGUCGCACGGCGCCAUCCGUGCGACUGCUGGCGACGCUGUCGCCGUCGCAGAAGCAGGAACGGGGGGUCGUGUGCGAGGGAGGGGUAGGGGUCCGCAGCUCGAGCGCGGGGAUUCGUUGCAUUUUGGGGGGAAUGGGGGGAUUGCGGAGAGCGCAAUGCGCAUGGGCGGAGAGCAGGCGGACGUGAUUCGGGAAAAGGCAGUGACCAUGGCGGACGCUGCUGACGCUGUAGCGAGUAGCGAGGCUGCUUUCAAGGGAGAUGAAGCAUUGGCGGGGAGUGCGGGGGCGGCGGAGGAGAUGGAAGAGGGGGCGGAGAGAGGAACCGAUGGGGGAGAGGCGGAAGGAAAGGGGGAAGGAGGGCAGGGAGGGGAGGGCGGGGAAGGAGAGGAGGGAGGAGGAGGGGCGGGAGGGGAGGUGCCGAUGCCUCUGCGGGUGUACAUGCUGCCACUGACAGGCGAACUCAAUUUCCACGUGCUGCUGUCCCCAUGCCGCCCCAUGCCAUGCGCCACUGUGAGCGCCCACCAUACCCACCUCCUCCCUUUCUCCCGCGCCCACCCUCCCCCCACACGCUGCCUUCCAUCUCCCCCUUCUCUCCCCACGCCCCGUCAACAGCAACGGUGGCGCUUUGCGAACCGGGAGCAGCUGCAGCUGCAGCACGGCAUGCCGGCGGACUGGCGGUUCAAAGGCAACUCGCUGCGGCCGCGGGCGGACGGCGACGUGCUGGGGUUCAUGGUGCAGGACGACGGGUGGGUGGAGGACGGCCAGGGGGAGGGCGGAGGGGGAGGCGGAGGAGGGGGUGGAGAGCGGUCGGUGCAGGUGCCGCAGUUUGUGGAGGGGUUUGGGGUGCACAUAGAGCAGUACGCAGCCGAGUACUGGCUCACUCUUUCCCUGCUCGCCGGCGGGCUGCCCUCCGUGCAGCGCGUGCGGCGGGCUGAGGACGCCCACAUUGUCUUCGUGCCGGCCUUCUCCUCCGCCUUCUAUGCCACUCAGAUGAAGACGGAGGAGCAGCACUUGCUGGCAGCGGUCACGCAGCACGCGCUGUGGGGGGACGGGGGCGGGCAGGGAGGAGGGGCCAGCCAGGGGGCAGAGGGGCAGCCGGGGGAGGGCGAGCUGCUGGAGAAGGUGGAGGUGUCGACUGGGGAGGGCUCACCUGGUGGUGGUGGUGGUGGUGGUGCCGGGGAGGCUGGCGGCAGCAGCAGACGACGACUGCUGAGGGUGCUGAAAGGGGGACGGAAGGGGAAGGAAGCAGAGGCGGGCGAGCAGGCGCAGAACGCACCGGUGGAGGGUCAGCAGGGACCACCCGAUGGUGGGGCUGGAGAGGCUGAGAGGGCCGAUGCAGCAGAGAGGUCGCAGAGCGAGGGAGGCAAGGGGGGCCUUGUCCCGCGGGAGCAGGUGGCGCAUUUAGACAAGGACGUGCUCGUGCCCUACUCCGCCCUCAUCCCGCCCUUCCUCAACGACUCGCUGCCGGGGGAGACAGAGGGCGGGCACGGCAGUGUGGGAGCGGCGCAGGCUGUGGCAGCGUGGGGCCGCACGGCCCACUCUGAUAUUCUUCAGAGGCACGCUCAACCGGCAACAGGUGUGCAUGCGAGCUGCAGAGAGGGAUGCAAUGCAGGUCGGACUAGCCUGCCUCAACCAGUGCCAUUGAUUCCCUCCCUUGAGCCACUCACCCACCCCGCCCGCGCGUUGCCCCUUCAAUCCGGUCUCCUCCCUCUUGGCCUCUCCCCCACCUCCUCCCCUGCGCUGCAUCAGGGAGGGGCCAUGCGAGUGCAGCUGGCGCGGCUGCUGGCGAACGUGAGUGGGGCGGACAUAGCGGAGGGUCGCCGCUGCAGGGAGGGGUGCAGGCGGCCACAGCAGGCAUGCGCGCCUCCAAGCGACACGGCAUCAUCAUGCCGGCUGUUUGACGCCGUGCUAUCGCACUGCAUCCCGCUGGUGGUGUCGGACUCACUCGACCUGCCAUUCGAGGAGGCCCUCGACUACACCGCCUUCGCCCUCUUCCUCCCACAGGCCCUCGCCCUCCGCCCCGGAUACGUCGAGGCCUUCCUGCGAAACGUGUCGCACGAAUCAGCAUUCGCCAUGUGGCAGCGGCUGAGAGAGGUGUGUGGAAGGGGUGGCACACCACUUUGUCUACUCCACGCCGCCCAAGCCCGGAGGGGCGGAGGACAUGAUCUGGCAGGCUGUAGCGCGGCGGUGGGCAGGGGACCACUACGGGCGGCGCUACAACCGGAAGAACCAAAGGAGGCGGAGGAGGGUGAUGGAGCAGCUGUUGGGAGCGAGAAGGGGCUCAGCGCUGCUCACAUUGUGGUCAGACCACGCGCGCUGCCACUCAUGUAG